GUCUACCUUAGUGUGUAAUUAUUUUGGUAUUUGCCGCAGUUCGAAAUCGAAAUGAAUCGAUUUCGAGACACACACAGUGACGCACAGCGAUUGACACGAGCACAUUGAAUUUGAUUGGCCACUCGAGAAGGGAUGGAGCUGGCCGGGAUUUGGAUUGAGAUCAGCUGGUGGCUGCUGCUCCAUUUCAGCGGUAUCCUGGUCAACGCUGCCCACGAGACAUGCAUCGAGUGUGAGCAGUUGAAGGACAAACUGCCGGAGAGAUGCAGGUACUUGGUGGAGGAGGUGCAGGUGUUUGAGCGAAAGUGCGGCGGCACCUAUCCGCUGAUGGCCUUCACCAAAUAUCGGGAUACCUUCGUCAAGACCGGCGAGCCAUUUGCCCUGUACAUGCCCAGCUCGUUGGACUUCGUCAUGGUGCUGAUGAAGGAUUCGCCAUUGCAGAACUGUGCGCGCAUUCAAGUGGGCAAUACGAACACGUUCUUCUGCCUGGACGAUAGCAGCAAUGAGACGAUCAAACUGGAGGUGGCCCACAUGUACUGCUUCCCAUUUCACAUCCAGCUGCCGGAUGAUCUGAUGCACGAGUGCCUCAUUGAGAACAAGAUGACCAAUGGCUAUCUGAACGAUGUCCUCCGCACUCGGCGCGGCAUCAUCCACUAUACCUUUGGCGAUAGUCGGGGCCAUCGGCUCAUUUGUGGAUAUUUCUGGCCGAAUCUCCUGCUCCUCCUCCUGCUCAUCCUAUCCUCCUGCUAUCGAUGAUGAGUCGUAAAUUUUUAUGCGAGCUGCCAUAAAGAUUGAUCGGUUAUGCCACAAAGGGGAUCGGUUAAAAUUGCUUUAAACAAAAACGCUAAAGCUGAGUAAAUAUAUAUAUAUAUAUAUGAA